AAACAAAGACAGGAAACAAAGCAAUACCUAUGUCUGGCACCAGUUUGACUGUUUUAUGGAGCAUGAACCACGGUCACUCAAGGACAAAUUCUUUGAUUACUUUCUUUGGAAGAAAGACCUUAUCAAGCACGCAGAGAAAGCAGCACAUGCAUUCUGUCCUGACUUGACAGAAAAUGAAAAAAGCCAACUUUCAAUUGAUGAUAUUGUUCUCCAACUUAAGAUGCUGUCAGAGAGCAUGAAGAAAAUAUAUUAUUUAGAUGGAAAGUGCUGGAAUGACAUAAAAGAAUUUUCAAAAUAUAUGGGAAGCUAUAUUACAGCAGCUUUUAUGAAACAAUGUAACCUUGAAGAGCUACAAACCUCAGAAAAAAGAGAGAAAAGGGAGCGAGCCACAGUGUCUGCCUUGUAUUUCUUGUAUGUUAUAAAAACUUUGGACCUGGGUAUGCCUGACAAAAAAGGUGUGCGUACUCUUUCAAAGGCACUGUUAGUUUCAGUGGAUACAGAGAAAAAAGAAUGCCCAGAUCUUCAGUUAGUUGAUAGACAUUUCACUGGCAAAAGAGAGGCAUUAUUGGAAGCAAUGACAUCAUUUGUGAAGAAAAUUGCUGGGGCGUCAAAAGAUCCAUGCUGGCUGUCUGUGAUGCCAUGGGUUCAUUUCUUGUCUGGAAAGUGUGUACCAUUUGAAGUUCCUCCUGUAGAUGUAAAACAUGACGAGUACAAACCAGUGUGGUGGGGUGUGGCAGAAAUAGAGAGGGAUCUGGAUUAUUUCAAAGGGAAAUCAGAGAAAUGGUCAAUUCCUAUAGAGAAUAUGCUGAAGCACUUGCAACCUCUCUUUGAGGCGGACUACUUCCUUCCACGGUCGUUCAUAGCUGCUGUUGAUCUGGGAGAUUUGCAGAAAGUUAUAGAAACAAAGACAAUACCUGUUGAAGCUUGCCUUGCACACUUGACUUACCGCCUGAAAACAAUCAAACCGCUCUCUUACUUUGAUUAUCACGAUAAUUGCAAUAAGCUGCAUUCAAUGACAACAGAUGAAAAGACAGUUCAACAGUGUGUGAAUUCAUUACUAAAACAACUGCAAGAGACUUUUUACAGUGAAACAUUAGUAGAGUCACAAUGGACAAUGAGCUACAUAAUUGCAUCCCACAUGCUGAGGAAGAGCAUCCAAAAUAAAAGAGUAGAUAUAGUUUACCUGUGUGCGCAAGUGCUCAUUCAUUGCAUUGCGAUGUAUGACAGGAUGAUUUUGGAACAGAAACCUUCCAAGGAUGCUAAAGCAACGAAACAUCAAGAUGUUUUACAGGACAGUGCCAGAGAGGCAGUGAUAUGGGUAGAAACAUACAGAAGAUGGGAUUUUCAGAUGAAAGAAAUUUUAGAUGUUUGGAACAACAUCUUUGCCCCAGUGGAACUUCAGUCAGAAGAUGUUAGGAAUGCCUGGAACAAGAUCAUAUCAGAAGGACUUGUGUUUAAUUUGGAACAAAGGGCGUGUAAGGAAGCAUUCCAGAUGCAAAAGUUUGUGGAACUAUAUUGUCAGAAGCUAGAUGAGUACAAUCCAAGCAUGCAGGAGUGCAUGAGUAAAGUUGCUUUUGUGGCCAUUGCAAAAGGAUAUACAGUGGACUAUGGCCAUUUCUUGCCGUAUCAAAAUAAACGCUUUGGAAGUCUACUAUCUGAGUUAUUUAUAUCUGAAUGGAAAAAAAAUGUGAAGCCUGGAAAGGAUGAAGAUAUUACCAUGUUGAGACACGUCCUUAGAUGGCCACCAUUUUCACAAUACCUGAAAAUUUAUUAUAAGGACCAGAAAAAGAUGGAAAUGCUCACAGAGGAAUGUUUACAGCACCUUAUUCAAGCUGUAUCUGUUAUUGACAGCAGAACUACAGCUUUAUUGACUGGUUCUAUGACUAUUGGAGACUUCAACCAGAUAACUGAAAAAGAUGGAAAAUUUCCAGAACUUGCUGAACUUCUACAGAUCAAAAAAGAACAUACUGCAGCAUUCAUUACAAAAGCCAUCGAAAUAAGACAAAAGGAACUUGGAACUUUCCAGGUGCAGGCCAAAGAAAUGGCAACACUUGCAUCUGUCUGUACACAAUUAGCUAAUGUUGACAGACAGUGCAUUGAUGACACACUAAAGAAACAGGAACACAUAGAAAAACACCAGAUAAAAGAAUUCUGUGAGCCUGCUGAUGUAACUAAAGUAGACAUUGAAACAUACCAGCCAAGACUGUGUGCAUUUAGUGUUUCCCCAACGGUAAUGAAUAUUGUACCACAUCUACAUGCCUGUUGUGAAAGCAGUACAUUCAUGAUGUUCUGGAAUGCUCAGUGCCAAGAAGUAUAUAACCAGUGUGCUACACUAGAUGAUGUAGUACAGAAAGUUUGGAGUGUUGUCAAAAACAGAUGGGACACUAUAAAAAACAGAAUACAGAGUGGUGAUAUAAAAUUCAAAGACUUUGAGAAAGUUGUUGGCCAGAGGUACAGGGAUGGAUAUGACCAGAUGAAAGUAGAGUUACGGACGAUGAAUAUCCCUGAGAGAUGCAUCAGGGAACGUAUAGAUCAGCUGAUGAAAUACAGACAGCUGGAAGCUUGUGUAAAAGGAGCAAAGACAAUACUAAAGUUUGCUCAGGAGUACAAACUGAAGGGAGAUUUUACUCAAAUUAGAGUAAUUGCUACACAUGGAGAAAAUGAUCAAGACAUGAAAGCGUUUGAUAACAGCGUAAUGAAAGCCUGUGAAUUUCUGAAAGACCUUACACCAGACAAGGAAAAGUGCUUGAAAAUGUUUGUUACCUGUGAACCACUUGUCCAUUGGCUGAAAGAGUCAAUGAAGAAAU